AGAAACCUCUUAAAAUAAUACGAAACCAACAAGUGCUUUAGUUUCUUUUGUAUGUGGCUUAAUUUUUCAGUGAAAUUUGCUCCUUUCACCGGCAGACGACAACGGCAGCAGCGUCAUCAAUAAAAAGUAAACCAUGUCUUGUGGUCCUUACCAGUUUCACUAACUUUUGUAUUGUGUUUAUGACCUCAACGUCUUCAUCAUUAUCAUCAUCAUCACCAACAUUUGCAGCAUCAGGCGUAACUUGUUUUUAUUUUUCAACCGCCAGCCAGUCAGCCACUAAACAAAAGUUUAUGCAAAAAUUUCUUUUAACCAAAAAAUAAGCAGUUCAGUCGUGUUUAAAAUUGAAAAAAAAAAAUUAAAUAAAAACCCAAAAAUUAAAUCAUAAAAACAACAUCAAAAAAAACACAUGCAAUUAUACAUAUUGUAAAUUUUUUUAUGCAUUUCAAUUCGUUUUAAGAAAAAACAUUUUUUUUUGCUGUUUCCUCAGUGGAUUAACUUUUUUUGGACCAACAAAAACUAACAAGUUAAAGUUAAAAAAUGCAUUAAAAUUACUUUAGAUGCAAAUAAUAUUAUGCUAAAUGAACAAUCAGAAAAGUUUACAGAAACGGUGAAAACAACCAAUGAAACCGAUAUUAAAAACAGACAAAUUAUGGAGAAAACUUUAAUAAUUGUAAAAUUUGUCAUUGAAAAUAAAAUAAACGAAAAUAUAAAUGAAAUGAUGACGGCAGCCACCACCAGAGCAAAUAUGAUGAAACAAACAAAUAAAUUUAAUAACAGUAAUACAAUUAAGAACAAUAAUACAGAUUGUUUAAAUGAAAACAAAUGUAGAACACCAGCAAGCCGGACGCCAUAUAGAAAGAUAUCCCUUACUAAAACCAAAACCACCUCAAACAACAUACACACUCACAAUAGCAGCAGUAGUUUCUAUAUUAUCAAUCGUAUAAGACACCAGAUGUCCUGUGCUUUAAAUAAACAACAUUUGUGGAUGAUGCUGUGGUUGCUGGUGACAUUAAUACAACAUGUGGAAUCAUUAGAAAUGACAACAGGACCAUACCACGCAGCACACCACACGUCUUCAUCAACCGUGCGGUAUAGUCAACUCUUAAGCACAAACGGUCAAAUGACCAUGAAUGGCAAUGCAAAGAGUAUGGACGAAGUUGACGACGAUACAUUUCGUCCGUUUGUGCCCAAAGAUCCAGAAAUGAUAUCGCGUAAUGUGUUUACGCCAUCUGGACAAUUUCGUGUCUUUCAACCCAUUGACACAGAUUUAAGAGCAGCCGUGACAAUACAAAGCAAAAGUCAACAUUAUGGAAGAAAUAAAAUGUCAGAUCCAUUAAACUCAUCUUCAUCAGCAGCAACGACAACGGCAGCAGCAGCAGCACCGAAACAAACAUCCUUAGUGCAUGACACACAACAUAUGACUGGAAACCAUAAAAAUAAUAAAGGCAAUGUUAAAGCUCAUGUUGAAGGAGCAGUCUACCAAAUAGACUCCAGUAAUUUAUCAUUAACGAAACAUCAAAAUCAGCAACAACAACAACAGCAGCAUCAAAAUCAACAACCAGAACCACAACUACAUAAAACGUUCAGAAAAACACAUGAGAUUAAACAACAACAACAAUAUCAACAUGACCAUAAACAACUCAUGAACAAUGUGGAUGUUCAACGAAAUGAAAUUUCCAAAAAGGAUGAUUUGACAUCAGAUUUCAAAAAUCUCGAAGAUUUAUUAGUCGACUAUGUAACGAACUUUUUUGAAAAAGGUCAAUACGAACCCAUGCCUGGUCUCUUGGUUGAACUACAAAACAAUCAAAGCCAACCACUGGCUAACGAACUGACCACCAAGACACGUAAUGUGCGACAAGCAUCGUUUGCCACUGAUGCUAAGGUUAAAAUUGAUUUACCACGAACGAUGGCGACAGGACGUUUAUUAUUUUUAACAGGUCUUAAAAAAGUUUUAUGGCCUGUUUUUAUGGGUUUACAAGUUUUGAAAUCCUUACUUAUCGCCAUGUUUAUACCGGCUAUUAUUGGUUCGUUUACGAAAUUAUUGGGCAAAGGUAUUUCAACAGGAUCUGCUCCACUAUUCAUACGUCCCAUGGAAGCGCCACAAGAAUUAGAUUUCCGUGAUAAUAGUAUAAACUUUGAUGAUGACAAGUUCCUAGUUACCGAUGAGGGUGUAAAAAAUAAUUCACCCUAUGCCUACAAUCAACCGGAUGCUUCACAAAUGCACAACGAAUAUGUUUUUGAUCCAUCGUCCGCCAAUAAUCAAUUGACGUACACCCGUUUGGGCAUGAAUGAACGGCAACAUCAACUAAUGCAAGAUUCUUACAUGAGUGCUCUACAAAGUAUAGGCUCAGCCUCAUUUAAAAAUUCUGGUUCUUUAUCGAGUGGUUCCUCGGGUCUAGUAGCACCCAUGGCUAAACGUCCACCACCAGCGGCAAAUGUUAAUACAUUCCAACAAUUUCAAAAUGUACCCGAUUCCUCAUUACUACUCUCCAAUUACGAUCCUUUCUAUAGUCCUUUAUUGUCACGCCUGGAUUCGGUGUUUGCCCAGCUGAAAAUCAACUCAGACAAAGAAAUGUGUCGUGAAAAAUUGAUUUGUUUAAUGUAUGCAAAUCCAGCAAAAUAUGCACCAUACAGUAAUUUAGUGUCGGCCCAAUUGAGUCGUGAAUUAAAUGAAUUGCGUAAACCCACAUCAGACAAUCCCGAUAUAUUGCGUUUCUUUAAGUAUAUGCGUGCUGCCAAGGAUGGACAGGAUGGCGUUGAUUGUGAAAAAACAUUUGAUAAAUGUACUGAAUUUAAAGAUUUCGAAAAUCCAGCAAUGGUCUCCACUUAUCAUGAUAUUAACAAAUUGGUACAAGCGAGAAAAUUGACAAACAAAUAGAAUACAAUCUAG